UAUCCGGUUAUAAUCAACAACAAUAUGGAUCAUCAUCAUUUGGAACAACAAUAACAACAACAUCAAUGUAUACAAAUACAUUUUCAACACCAACAUCGUCAAUUAAAUCACAGUUAUCAUUAUCAUCAUCGUCAUCAUCAUCAUCAUCACCAUCAACAACAACAACAACAACAUCAAGAUAUAUGCCACCAACACCACCUAGUUCAGAACCAGGUUCACCAGGUUCAUCAGCAUCAUCAUCAUCAUCAUCAACAUCAACAUCAACUACAACACAAACAACGAAUAAUCAUAAUCAACAAUCCAUUCAUCACCAAUUGAAUAAAUCAACAUCACCAUCAUUGUCGGUUCACACGAUUAACAAUAGUAAUCAAACGAUUUCACCUGCAUAUCAUAUGGAUAAUAACUGUGUGAAAAAUACGGUUGUGUUGGCCCAAUUUUCUUCUUCUUCUUCUUCUUCUCCUUCUCAAGUGUCCUCAAUUCCAUCCUCAUCAACGUCUCGUAAUUCGAGUUCAACAAAUACUACUACCACAACAACAGAAGCAGCAGCGGCGAAAAUAACAACGAAAACAACAAUAACAGAAAAAUCAAAAACGGUACACCUGAAUCGAAAUGGUACAACAGCAGCAAUACGAACAACAAUAGUGAACGGUAAUCAACGGCAACAAGGUACCGGGCAAUCAUCAUCAUCAUCAUCGGUCAAAGCACUUUCUCAUCGAAUGUUUGGUGCCGGUACGUCCGGUAUAUUAUCUACUACAGCAACAAGUGGUAGUAGUAGUAGUAGUAGUACCAACGGUGUUCCAGGAUCAAGAUUUAAUAUAGAAAAUACAUCACCAACAACAAUUAUAAUAACACCACAGCCAAGAUAUAAUCGACGAAAUAAUCCUGAACUAGAAAAACGUCGUAUACACCGUUGUGAUUAUCCAGGUUGUACAAAAGUUUAUACAAAAAGUUCACAUCUGAAAGCCCAUCAACGAAUACAUACAGGUGAAAAACCAUAUAGAUGUCAAUGGCCUGAAUGUCAAUGGCGUUUUGCACGAUCGGAUGAAUUAACACGCCAUUAUCGUAAACAUACUGGUGCUAAACCAUUUCAAUGUAAAGUUUGUGAACGUUCAUUUGCACGUUCUGAUCAUUUAGCAUUACAUAUGAAAAGACAUAUGCCUAAACCACAUAAACAACAACAACAACAACAACAACCACAACAUCAAAAUCAUCAACAUCAACAACAAACAAUUUGUAAAUAUUUUAUCACAUCAAUAAAAACCAAUUAA